GGCUUUGGCGGGCCAAUUUCGAAAAAAAAAAAAAAAAAGCUUGGUUGGGGGUGUGCAAGGCGCAGUGCAAGUUGCAACUUGCCCUCGGCUGCGCUGCCUCACUUUUCUCUCCGUCCAUCCAACUCAGCUUCAACUCUCUCUCUUCCUCUCAGGAACGCACACACACACGUGGCGCGCACUAAUGCGCUAGCCCCGACGCUGGAACGGCCAUCGUCAUCGCUCCGUCCCCGGCGCGGCGGUAGCUUGUGGAUCUCCCAAACACCCCCCAUGCUCGCUGAGCCUCGUAAUGAAUGCCUGAUGCCCGAGUGCCCUGCCCGCCCUGCCGGGGGAGCGUCCGCCAAUCUCUCGCCGAUCCCGCAGUCUUCUGGAAGCCUUUGCCAGAACAACCCCCUGAGCGCCCACCUCCAAUUAAACCCCCCGUUCCCCACAAUCCGCCAGCCUUGCCUGCGCACUGUCCCGUCGGCUGACUUGCAGCUCUGCCUGGGCGGUGUGUUGCUGCCAUCUAUACGUGGUAGACAAAACAUCAUCAUCUCGUGACGCCUGCGGCCCGGCCAAUCGUUGCCAA